UGGAAUUCAUCAAAAAAUUUGCGAAACAAAAACAAACGCCAUUACGCAGGGAAAAUAUAAUCGCCGGAAAAAUGUUGUUUUUGCGAUAAUUCAUAGUGAAAAGUGCAUUCAUCUGGUGGUUCGAGUAGCGUUUUACGUGGGCAAGAUGUUUCCCAAUCGAAUAGUGCAAGUUUUUGGGAGUUUUUGCUGUCUUGAAAAUCAUCCACGACGGGAAGUUCCCGAGAAGAUAGUUCCUCCAUCCGAUGGGGAUUACUGGGCGGAAUAGGAGAGUGUGGUGUACGUCUAGUGGUGGUGGCGAAGUGCUGAGGUGUUGCUUGGUCAGGUUGCGCUCUAUCUCCCAGUGAUGAGCGAAUUGAAAAAGUGCAGUGGGAUGGGCAAAUGUUCUGCAUUAUCGUGUGGAUAUGUAAUUUGAGGAUAAAGGAUACCUCCGACAGAGGCUCAUGGAUUAUAAUCGUAGGCGACACUUUGUUCUGGUUUCGCAACAAAGAUGUGUUGAUUCAGACGGUAGGCGUGCCUAGCAAUGAGAGCUUUCUCGUAGGAUCUAUGCUAGUUGAAAUAAGAAGAUAUGCGAAAAAAAUGUAAAAUAUUGUUUCAAAUAAAAGUGCUAAAUGCUCCAGUCUUUUGUUUGUUUUACCCAAACACAACUGCUUUGGUAUUUUAACUGAUCAAACUCUACCCGUCGUAUUGGUAUUGUUUCCAGGUGCCAACAAAACGGUCAAAGUUCGAAAUCUGCACACGAUGUUGGACCAACAGCAACCUGUCGUUCCGCCACUGGAUCAAUUGAGCAACUAUGACAUCUAUUCACAGCUGCAGAUGGUUGCCGAUAGUUAUACGAACUUUCCCGGACCAUCACCGGCGGUACAGCUGGAGGACGGUCCGGCCGUUCUGGGCUUUACAUUCCCGCUUGCCUUGGAGGACGACGUUGAACGGCUGGAGAUAGCUGUCAAACAGAGCAGCUUAAUUAGAGGACAAUAUGUGCAACUUCUCAACAUAACGAAACCCAUCCAGAUGACUAUCGUCCAGUCGUUCAAUAAAUUCUUCUCCGACUAUUCGAUGACCAAUUUCAGCUACUACGGUGUAGAACGAGCUGAAUAUCCUAAAACCCCUAAAAAGGGCAUGAAGAAGUACGAUAUCUUCACGCUGUGUAUGCUAGAUGCGUGGCAGUCCCACGGUAUUACCAGUAUUAUCCUCAUGGAACAGUUGAAGAAAGCAAUCUAUCACAUUAGUCGAAGGCGCUACACUCGCAACCAGGUGUUGAAAAAGAAGAUGAAACUUAUGCACCGGAUUUGAUCCGGUCUAUUAACUAGUUAUUUUUUUUUACAAUAAAGC